AUGUCCAGUCUUGAUGAUUUCUUUGCCAAGAAAGACAAUGAAAAAUAAAAAAAAAAACCCAAUUACUUGGCCACCGAUGAGUUGUAUAAAACGCUAAAGGAAUCUGCAAGGUUGGCCACAGAGGGCGAAUUUGAAAAGUGUCUGGGAAACGAAAAUCGCGCAGAGGGGCCAGCUGAAUCUACAGGAUCAGUUCUGAAACCUUUAGAAUUUUCUGUUCUUUACUCAAAUGGGUCGGUUGAAGAGGAGGAUGAAUGGUGUGAUUUUACAGAGGAGAAUCGCAUGGAGUACACGAGCUUGCGCCGCAGCAUUAAGAUGAGUCUUGGCUCCACAGUUCUGGCCGGCAGCGAUGCUAAAGCUCAAGACUCGGAGCAACGCGAUAAUGGUGGCGACGGCAUAGACGUGGGUAAGGCACUCAAUGACGGCAUGGGUGGUACCUCUUGCCCCUGGAGGAAAAUGGGGCACCCAUUUAAGCAGCAGGAGCUAAGGGAGCAGGUGGAGCAGCCAAAAAAGAAUGAACCGUCCGAGGUAAAGAGCCAAAUCUACAUACCACCCGCUCUCCGUCACAGCCAAGGUGAUUUUAAUCAGCGCGCCGAGAUGGAAAGCCGCCUUCUGAAGAUUCCACCCAAGAUGUCUGGAAAACCUCAAGCUCCUGAUCUCAACAGUGCCGAGUAUUUCCCCAGUCUAAGUGGCGCCAAAACAUUCAGACGCACCAAGUAGCCUAUUCACGAUGAUAUACUUUUUAAACUUGCCGUUUAUGUUUUCUAAGUUUACCGAUAUCAAUUUAUCUGGUCGAUCUGAUGCGGUGCCUCGCUUUAAUAAAAUUAAAAGCAA